CGAAAAGAACCAUUUGCUAACGCAUACAACAACAAUUUUUGUCGCAAGCUACAAAUCCAACACCACUACUGUUUUCAGUAAAUUCUCACCCGACCUCCAUAUUGUAUGCACAUCGGAUUACUGAGCCGAAGGAACCGGGUAUUUGCAAAGAAGAACAGAGUGAAAAAGCAUAAAGUGACAUUUGCUUCAGCCAUCAUUGGAAGGCAGUAAAAUUUAGUAUAAUCCAACGGAAAAGACAGUUUUGUCGCAAAAAUGAUUGAUCCUGUGCAUUUAAACUAAUCAAGGACUGAAUAUUAGAGUUUUUUGAAAAUUGUGUGCAAGCAAUGGAUAAAAACAAAUCUCCGAUACGCCGCGCAAAACGUCAGUCAAAAGUUGUAGAGGAAAAUUUUUGGGACUGCAGUGUCUGCACAUACAGAAACACAGCCGAAGCGUUCAAGUGCUUAAUGUGCGACGUACGAAAAGGCACGUCGACCCGCAAGCCUCGCCUUAAUUCAGCGCUGGUGGCACAACAGGCGGCGACACAGGCAUUCCCGGGUGCGUCCGGUGCUCCAACGCAAAACUCCAAAUCACCCGGAAGUAAAUCAUCACGCAACAAAAACAAGCGAUCAAAGUAUCCAGCAAGGUUAAAAAAUAUUGAUCGAUCCAGCGGACAAACCCGAGAAGUUACAGUCAACUCAGUGACGGUAGUUAUUACUGAAUACAAGCCUAAAUCUACUGUUAGUCGACAUGAUUCAAGUGAAAGCUUUAGUGAAAGUAAUGAUUCAAGAAGUUAGAUUAAUUUUAAAUGUGGAGUUACAUUUCCACAAUUGAUUAACUUAUUACAGAGAAUGUCAAAGUUUUAACUAUGUAAGUAAGAAAUGUAGAAACAACAUGUGAACUUUUUUGCAAAGAUAUUAAGAGUACUGGCAUCUAUCUGCUCAAAGUUAUGAUUUUCUUGUUUAAUUUAUUCCACAAUAUGUUGUGACAAAUAAGGUCCAUUGUAAAUUUUUCUUUUUCAACCCUACAGAAAGCACUCUUCCAUUGAUGGUUGUAAUCCGUGUUGCAAAAUAAUCUGACUUACAUUGUGGUGAAACAAUUCCACAUGAUGAUAUUAAAACACACUACAUGGAAUCACAAACUGUACUAGGUUAAGAGAACUGUACUGAUUUUUAUGUGUAAAUUUCCUUAGAAUGCAAAAUAAUGUUUAGGACCAUGAAUUAAAAUUGAUUCAACUAACACCAUAAUUGUUUCUAUUAGAAAUGUUGACCUCGAUUGAUUUUUAUUAUUUUAUUAUUCAUUGUACUACAAUGUCUUUUAAGCUUAAGAUGAUUGAUAAAUCAAUUGUUAAAAGAGUUAAUACUGCCACGAACUUCGGAGUAGCACCUCGAAUAUGUAGAUUGAAUUACCAGUCCAGACGUGAAUUUGUAAGCCCAAGCCUAGAUUUAACAUGGUACAUUUCCUAACAAUAGACUUCCAGUUACGACACAAUUAUUUGAGAAACAUUUUUGAAAAACAAAUGACACUGUCGAAAGCAGUAUAAUGCAUUUAUCACAUACAAUCUGAACAAUAUGCGAGCGGUAAUCCAUCGAAUUAGUAUUAUAAAACUCUUAUUUUAGGCGAGUGAUUUACUCUUUAAAGUCUGAAUUAUCCGUCAUAAGUGGAACAAGAGAGUAAACCAAUUUCAGUGGGUUGAUUAUGGAAAUAGAACAAAGUCUAGCCAUGGAAUCAAAAUAAACGUGAAUUAUGAAACGCA